UUUCCCAAAUACAUAGUACGGAGACUGAGAAGAGGAGAGAACAAGCGAGAGCAAUAGAGGAAGAAGAGGCAGAGAUGGAGGGAGAUUAUGGAGUGAAAUAUAUGUUCCAGAAGUUGAAUGAUCUUGGAGGGAAGAGUGGAGAUCAAGCGAUGAAUUAUAUGUCGGAGAAGGUGAAGGCGAUUGGAGGGAUGGAGGGAGACUAUGGAGUGAAAAAUAUGUUCCAGAAGUUGAAUGAUCUUGGAGGGAAGAAUGGAGAUCAGGCGAUGAAUUAUAUGACGGAGAAGGUGAAAGCGAUUGGAGGGAUGGAAGGAGACUAUGGAGUGAAAAAUAUGUUCGAGAAGUUGAAUGAUCUUGGAGGUAAGAAUGGAGAUCAGGCGAUGAAUUAUAUGUCGGAGAAGGUGAAGGCGGUUAGAGGGAUAGAGGGAGAAAAGAUACUCCAAUAUUUGAUGGAGAAAUUACAUAAGAUUGAUGAGAUAUUGCCUGAACGGAUGAAGAACGCAACACUGCAAGAUUGGAUCAUUUGGGUAGUCGUGGCCUUAACGGUGGCUUUAUUAAUCCGCAUAUGCUACUGCUGCUUCCCCUGCCUCUGCCGAAUUUUUUUUAAGAUGAUGGAAGCUCUUGUUUUGUUCAUCAGCAGGUGCUUCUGCUUCGGCGGCCGAAGCGCAUUUAAGAUGAUGAAGGCUCCCGGUACAAUAGGCAUCUACAUACUUAGGGCUCCUUUCGGGAAUAAUCCUGCUGCCUAUUUUCGUCUUCUUCGUGCCGGGGCACCGGUGGGUCAUAUGUUCCGUCCUUGCACAUCCAUGGUCUGA